AUGUCAUGUUCACACGUUGGACACAUAUUGACUGCCUAUGUCCCAGGGAUGCGCUCAUUCGCCACUUACGAACUUGCAAAGAGCGCCUGGAUCGAGGAUCCGCCAUACCGAGCUUGGCAGUAUCAAAACGUGGCAGGAAGCAGGUGUCAUGCGACCAAUGCACCGAGAGAAAACGAAAAUGCACGCAAGCUAUGCCUUACGGCGUUGACAUUUCUGGCACGGUUCACCUGCACCGAUGGUCUGGCAAAAUCAUUCGACUGCGGCAGCUCUGUUGAACGCAGGCAUAUCAUGUCGUCUCUCCAUCCUCUUGAAGCCAAGAGCCGAGACAUUGUCUUGGGCAUUCGCGAGGCGAUACAUGCCACUGCCCGACAACAUCGGGCCGCCUUAGACUGGUCUCCGACAACCGAGGUUCUAUGUACCCGCUUCUUUUCACCGGAAAACUUGGAACGGUUCAUUCUGGCCUUCUGGUCAUUGUGGUACCCGAAUUGGCCAGUCUUCCACAAGCCGACUUUCUCCACAACAAAUAAGCCGGCUCCGCUCCUGGCUGCAAUGGCAGUCAUCGGGGCCGCUCUCACGUCCGAGAAGAGCGACGGCGAUCAGGCGAUGCGGUGGGCCGACGCUGUGCAUUCGUUCGUGUUCUCGAAUCCCCAGCUGAGCGAUGAGCCCAUAGCCACGUGUGACGGGGCCGUGCACCAUCUCCAACUCUCCGCUAGGUUGGAUGCUAUACGUGCGGCCUAUGCCAUGCUGCUCUGGAUGACGUGGGAGGGAUCUACUGCCCAGAAGAAUCAAGCACGAAGGCAUGAUUUUAGUCAGGUAGUCGCUGCGGCGCGUAGUGUUCAACCAUACGGAGCCUCGUAUGAUAACUUGAGCGCGUAUCAAGAAGCAGCCGCGGAAGAUACCGCCUGGAGGGCUUUCGGUUUCCGGGAGGAGCUCCUCCGAACGAUUGCUUAUGUGUUCCUGCUCGACAGUGCGUUUGUGAUAUUCUACAACUGCACACCACGGAUGCUGGUUUCAGAGCUUCAAAUCAACCUGACGUGUCCAGAAGUGUGCUUCCAAGCUGCUGAUGUUAGCAGUUGGUCGCAACACAUGGCCACCUGGGCUCGGAGUACAAUAGGGAAAUUUCGGCCUUCGUUUGCUGGCAUCAUGAAGAUCAUGAUGGAGGAUGAUCUUUCGCAGGAGCAACAGGCGAUGACCAGACAGAUGAGCGCGCUCAACUUCUUCGUGGUCAUAAGUGCAUUGCAUAUAUUCAUCUUCCAUCACCGCCAUGGCGGCACCUCGGAAAUGCAGCCAUUGCCUAUUAUGAAAGCGCUCAGUAACUGGAGGUAUGCAUGGCUGUCUCGUAUGCCCGUUCUGGGAAUCUAUGACAUCUUUACGACGGAUCCUCAAACGGCAUGGAGAAGGAUCGGUUUCAUGCGAUACGUACCUGAGUACUGGCGGCUAGCUGCCAUCUUCGUGUUUCAGUGCACUGAACCAGCUCGGUUACUAGCCGUUCAAAAAAGUGUGGGGAGAGAGUUCAACUUCAGACUUGAACGGCCGCGUAAUGUCGAUGAGACAAAUAUGGCUAAGCUUCACGAGUUGAUAAUGCAUUUCAAGGACAUCAGCUUUGGGGCCGACGACUUGUAAUAAAGAGUUCGAAGAGACGGAACAGGGUUAAUACUUGUGACAACCAGUCCAGCGCUCUGAAUGUUUUUGAGAUAAUAUCUAACCCUGCCCAUCAUCCAGGCCGGUAGUGACUAUUACUAUGAGGGGCAAGCUGGGGUCUGUUGGAAUGUAAAGAGGGGCAAGCUGGGGUCUGUUGGAAUGUAAAGAG